CAACUUCCUCCUUUCCUCAACAAGGAGGGGCCUCACAUCCUCUAAAAAGAGUGGAAAAGUGUCAAAAAAGUGCUGAUCCUGGGUGAGCAUUACACUGAAGAUGAAGUUUUCCUUUGUCUUGUUUCUUUUAAUAGAUAUCCCUCAUCUAGAAGGGCAGCAGAGGAUGGAGGUGUUCGAACAAGUCCUGCUGAGACUCGCCUUCCCUUCAUUUUACAAUAGUUACAACAAGUACUGCUGUAAACUGUAUCCGGGAGGAUGUUACAAGCUGCUGGACAGUGCAGGAUUCACCUGUGAUUUACUGAGAGGAAGAGUAACGAAAACUGAGAUGGACGGCUGGAUAGAAUUUAAAAUAUCAAAUGUGGGGUUUGUGGACGGAGGCUAUUACAGAUGUAUCGUGCUGGGAACUCAAAACCGCAUCUACAGUGAUUACUUUGUCGAGGUGUCUGAGGUUUCAGAUCACCACAGCCAGUCUCAGCCUUCACUGACGACAACCGUCGCAGCCCCCAACGCCUCCACAACUCUCCCAGACUCCACUGGGCCUGCUGUGGCUCAGGACAAGAGUGACAGUCCCAGAGUUCCCUGGAGUUUUGGUCUGCCACUAGCUGUCAUCGUGUCCAUUACAGGGAUGAUUUUUAUCACUUCAGUUAUUGGGGUUGUUUGCUGCAGAGUAAAGGCAAAACGUAAACAGCCGGAUAACUAUGGAGAAACUCUGUGUGAGUCACUGAAACAAGAGGCCCCGGAAACGAGUGGCAUCGUCUACACCACGGUGGACUUCAGAGCUCACCAGAAACCCACAGAGGUGUACGAAAACCUGAGGAUGCCCAAAGCACAAGCGGGAGCCCCUGACUCGACCUGGAGCGCAGAGCAUGAUGGGAUGGUGGAAUACUCCACACUGGCAGUCCAUCAGUGAACACUCCUGUGAAAGUUAGUUUCUCAUUUUAAUGGGACUGAUUUUAAUUUGUUGGAGCCAAUACUGGUGUUUUUUGUUUUGACCUUUUGAAAUACUGGUUUACAUUCUGUGGGUGUUAGUAUGCCACGCCACCAGGGGGCAGUGAACAUGUUGGUGAUGGGUCACACCUCACAAUCAGGUAGUAAGUAGACACAGGUGGGUUGUCUCAGAGUGUAUUGGAGUGCUGGAGAUGAAGGGGUUCUUCACAAUUAAGUGAAACAAAACGAUAAAUAUUGCACAAGUACUAACACAGCUGAAGAAACAACAGUCUGCAAUCUACAACCACAGCAAGAUGGAGGAAGCAAGCAAAUAUAAACUAAAGGUAUGCACCUCAACAACACAUUAGUGUCCCAUUCACCACCAUGGUCAUCAAUAUUAGUCACAACAGUAUGAUAACAAUAGGUUUCAAGAUUAGUAAUGCUGUUUACAAGACAUUCCUAACAUUACCCUACUUAUGUUGGUGUUUCUGCUGCAACUAUGAUCACUUGUGACUCCUAAAUAAAAAAAAAAAUCAACCCCUAUGAAUUUUAACCAUCAGAGUAUGUAAUACAUACCCAAAGUUGAACAUUUUUCACCAAACGUGCAGCUCUUAGAGCAGAAUAGACACUCAGCACCUUGUAACGCUGCUGGCAUCUGUAGCAUGAUGUAUUUAAAUAUUGCAGUUAUUGCCACAGCCCUAAUCAUGAUGAAAGUUGUGAUUUACACCCCUAGUAACCUGGGAAGAAAUCUCCCUGUGGGGGAGCAUGCCCCCAGUAGGGUGACCAGAUCCCAACAAACCAAAUGUGGGACAAAGACUGUGUUUGUGUGGGACAAUGUGGGACACGUCGUUGCCAAUGCUCAGAUGUAGUCUACAAUUUUGAUGUAAUGUCUAUCUAACACACAUUUCUAUUCUGCCCUUUACCUCCUAACAUCUCUAUGUUUUGCCCGAAUACAUCCAUAGAUCGACACAUCUCUUUUUGAGCCAAAUGUUCCUUGUGAGACUCACAUGAACUGUGUCGCUUCAUGUCGUAUUCCCUCUGUGUGAACUUGAAAAAUAAGUGGCAAAUUUUGCAAAAAAACUCUGAGAAUCGCUUUACACCUUCACCCACCCGCUUAUAAGUAGUUUCACAGUCUUUGUUGUAGCUGCAUUUCUUAUUCUUUGUGGUAAGUUUACAGCAUAUUCUGCCUAAAUCUGCAUAACUUGUGACUCUGUGGUGACUUGCAAAGCGUCUGUCCUGCAGUGGUUUGACUGUAGUGGACUUUUGAAAACUGGAGCCAGUGAAAAUGUGGGGCAUCGUCGCAAUAUGCUGGAUGUGGGACAGGGGAUGAAAAUGCUUUGCAGUCGUUCAUAAAGUGGGACAACCGGUCACCCUAUAACCCCCGGACACCCUUUAGGUUUGGGGUGAGCUCUGAAUGCUUACAAUGUCUUGUUCUGCCUCUGAUCCUCAGCCUGUAUAGAGUUUGAUGCAACAUGCAUUGGGUUGCAUUGUGGGAAAUGUAGGAUCCAGCAUUUUUUGAGCUUGACUCGAAAUUAGAGAUUAAAAAUCAUCAUUUGCUGCUGCUUUGGUUUGAACUAUUGUGAGUCCCCCAACUUUAUGGAAGUGCAAUAUUAAAUCACUGAACUACCCCGUUAAUUGUAUAUAGCAUGUGUUAUUUGUGUAAAUGACGUAUAAAUGAAAUGAUAAUGCAUUAAAGAAAUGAACAUAGUCUGGUAAAAUGAA